AUGAAUCAAGCAAAACUAAGGCAAUUCUAGAAUUUUUAAUUUGAAAACAAUGUCGUUUGGAAGGAUUUCAUUAAAGAGUUAGAUCCAACAAUACCAAAGGAAAGAUUUGAGAAACUUAAGAAAAUUUGGUAUAGAGAUAAUAUUGAUCCAGAGUUUGAUCCUGAAUUCAUCGGCAAUACAAAUUCCUAUACUACACAUGAGAAUCAUACUCAUUCUCAAUAAAGACGUGGUUUCGACUUAGGAGAAUAAACCCUUGUUGUUAAAAUUCUUCUUGGUGUAGAGAAUUUUUUAAAAUUGGCAUUUAUUAUAACUUCUUUCAUCCCUAUUGGUCCCAAUACAUUAUUUGCUGCUGUGGCUUGUGUUUUGGGUUUGUAUAGACUUUGCAAAUUUCCAUAAAUGACUAAAGAAUAUGGAAGGUUAGUGCUACAAAAUGAAUUUGCACAAAAUCUAUUAUUUCUAUUUGGACACUUCUUUGUUUACUCUUUCAAGACAGUAUUCAACGUUCCACUUAUUUUACACUUUGCUCUUGGUUUAUCAUCCUACAUAUUGUUGUUGCAAGGGCCAAUUUACGAAUUAUUCAAGACUAAAGUUGAUAAGAUUUAUUAAAUGAAGGAUUAAAUCUAUGUAUUAAAAUACAGAAUCGAGAUAGCUUUGGUUCCAGCAAGUUUUGUAUUCCUAUUCUUAGGAAAGUCAUCCAUAUUGACCUUUGUUUACUUUGCAAAUUUUGCUAGAAUCAAAUAUAUAUUAGUUGAUAAAUUCAAGGUUGAAUGCAAAUACGUCAAUUAAAAAUAUUUGGAACCAUACAAGACUAAUCCAAUUUUAAGCUACAUCAUUCCUGCUUUCUAAUAACUCUGUUCAUAUUUGAUACCUACUUGGUGAGUUACAAAUGAGUAUACAAUAUCAUGUUAAAUACAUUAAUUUACAUAAAUAUUCUAA